UCGAUAUUCGCUUCAUCAGUAACAAUCAUCAUGGUCGACGGCAAGAUUAACGAGAUCCACGGAUGGGCAGCCACCAAGCCCGGAAUCCAGGUAGAGCCGUGGUCAUACAAGCCGCGGGCGCUGGGCCCCCACGACGUCGAGAUCAAGAUCACGCACAGCGGCAUCUGCGGUUCUGACCUGCACACGAUCAAGGGCGAAUGGGACAACGUCAAGUACCCGACCAUUGUCGGGCACGAAAUCGUCGGCACAGUGAUUACCACCGGUGCCAGCGUAAGCAGCCUGAAGGAAGGCGACAUUGUCGGAGUUGGGGCGCAGGUAUACGCGUGUCUGAAAGACACGUGCAAGGUUUGCAGCCGCGACUUGGACCCGCACUGUCCAGAGGCGGUGUUUACGUACGAUGACACGACGAUUGAUCCUGUGUAUGCACCGCCGCUGAUGUGUGCAGGUGCGACGGUGUUUGCUCCGAUGCUGCGCAAGGGUGUUAAGAAGGGUGACCGUGUCGGCAUUAUCGGCAUUGGGGGGCUCGGCCAUCUGGCCAUCCAGUAUGCCAAUGCGCUGGGUGCUGAGGUCGUUGCGUUUUCGCAAUCGCCGUCCAAGAAGCAGCAGGCGACUGAACUGGGUGCUUCGAUUUUCGUCGACACCACAAACAAGGAGGAGCUUGACGCUGUGCGUGGCACACUCAACUAUCUGUUUGUCACAGCUAAUGGCAGCAACAGCCCGCACAAUGACUACGUGACGUGGAUGGACUAUGAGGGCCAGAUCGUGUAUCUGGCGGUUCCGCCAGGCAAGAUGAGCUUCACGCCAUCAGAGUUCAUCCAUAGCCAAGUCGCAAUCACUGGCUCACUGAUUGGCGGCGUCAAUAUCGUCAAGGAGACGCUGGAGUUUGCGGCCCGGCACAACAUCCGGCCGGUUAUCGAGCGGUUCCCGAUGUCCGAGAUCAACCAGGCUUUGGAGCGCGUUGACAGCGGACGGAUCCGCUACCGCGCGGUACUGGAAAACUAGAUAUUGACGUUUUGUUUUAAAUGAUGAAAAAGAUGGAAAGAAAACCC